AUGAGCGGAAGAGGCAAAACCGGAGGAAAGGCCCGCGCUAAGGCCAAGACUCGCUCCUCUAGAGCAGGGCUUCAGUUCCCCGUCGGUCGCGUUCACAGACUGCUCCGUAAAGGUAACUAUGCUCAGCGGGUCGGUGCUGGAGCUCCAGUGUAUCUGGCAGCUGUGCUCGAGUAUCUGACCGCUGAAAUUCUGGAGUUGGCUGGAAACGCCGCUCGGGACAACAAGAAGACCCGCAUCAUCCCCCGACACCUUCAGCUGGCGGUGCGCAAUGACGAGGAGCUGAACAAGCUUCUAGGCGGAGUGACCAUCGCUCAGGGUGGUGUGCUGCCCAACAUCCAGGCCGUGCUGCUGCCCAAGAAGACUGAGAAGGCCGAGAGUUACGCUAUCUACGUGUACAAAGUACUGAAGCAGGUUCAUCCUGAUACUGGAAUCUCCUCGAAGGCGAUGGGAAUCAUGAACUCGUUCGUCAACGACAUCUUCGAGCGCAUCGCCGGUGAGGCGUCUCGUCUCGCUCACUACAACAAGCGCUCCACCAUCACAUCCAGAGAGAUCCAGACCGCCGUGCGUCUGCUGCUGCCCGGGGAGCUGGCCAAACACGCCGUGUCUGAGGGCACAAAGGCCGUCACCAAGUACACCAGCUCCAAGUAAAGCGCGGAGUCAACGUCUGCAACCCCAAGGCUCUUUUAAGAGCCACCCACGUUUUCAUGUAGAGGGCAUGUCAUUCUAAGUGUGGUCGAUGGUUCGGUAAACAUUCAUUCCAACGCGGGUUUAUAGUGUAACAAUAUCCAGGGUUUUUGUUCAAAAGCGCUUAAUCAAGGUUUAAUAUGUCUUGAGAUUUACUUAUAAGCUAUGUAAGACUGUAAUAUUAAAUACAUAUUUAU